AUGCGGAUAAUAUCUUCGCCGGCACUUCUCUUGCUAUCGAGCAGUUACAGCGGGCAGGGCGAGGCCCUCUUCCGGAGCGGGAACAAAUACAGCGGGGAGUUCCGCAGAGGCGUGAUGGAUGGUCGCGGGUGUUAUACCUGGAUCUCCGAUGGAACCGUGUACGAAGGAGACUUCAGAAACAACGAAAUCACCGGAACCGGUCGAUACUCCUGGAGUGAUGGGAGUGGUUACGAGGGGGGGGUGGCCCUCGGUUUGCGCGACGGUCAUGGCGUUUUCACCAGCGCUGAUGGCACGCUGGUUUACGAAGGAAGCUGGCAGAAGAGCAAACGCCACGGGCGCGGAGAGCAGCGGUACGGCGUCGGCACGAAAGACGUGUCGUCGUACGCCGGGGAUUGGAAGGCGAACUGCCGACAUGGGCAUGGAACGAUGACUUAUGCUUCGGGAAACGUUUACGAGGGGGAGUGGGUUGAGGAUCACAAGGAAGGCAUGGGCGUCAUGAACUGGAAGGAGCGACGCGAGCGCUACACCGGAAACUGGAAGCAAGAUCUGCAGUGUGGAUACGGCGAACACGUGUGGAUUGAGGAAAGGCCCGUAUCUGCAGUAUCGAUGGAUACCCAAAAGCAGAUGUGCAACGUCUACAGGGGAGAGUGGCUCGACGGCAUGAGGCACGGGCAGGGCACGUUCAUGUAUGCGGACGGGUCUCGGCACACGGGGCAGUGGCGUAAAAACAAGAAACACGGCCCCGCCGUUUUCAUGUCAGACAAUGGGAGAACUUUCGAAGGGCUCUUCGAUGACGACGUCAUGCUCGGCAAAGUGGGACAGGAUGAUGAGCAUCCUGAGUUGUCGGCCGCGGUGAAGCUCAAGAUUGCCGAUAUCCUUAGCUCAGGAACCGAGGUAGCAAGAGCGGCCGCCGUCAGGGAUGUGGAGAGCGACCUCAAACUGCUGUACAAGCACUACGCCAAGCCGGAGAUGACCGCUCCCAGAGACAGUACGAUGUUCACCAUGUCGAUGGAGCAGUUUGUGGUGUUCGCUAGGGACUGCCGAGCCCUCGCACCAUGUACGCGGGUGACGGUCGGGGAGGUGUACCGAAUGUUCUUUCGAAUGAGGCGGCAGCACACGCUUGAGCUCAAUCAGAGUCUCGAGAGGGCGAUGGCAAGUGGACCUUCCACCGACCGCCACCGACCUUCGACCGAACACAUCGAAGGGGAGGGUGGAGAGGAGAAGAGGGAUGGGGAUGGGCACAGUAGUGCCUACUGCUCCGAAAGCGAUAGCGAUGGACGCCUUCCGCAGGGGAAGAAGGAGCUGUGCGUGGCGCGUUCCGAUCUCGAGACCGAAGGCGGGAUCUACGACUCGCGGAGGGCCAUCACAUUCCGAGAGUACACAGAGGGCAUCGUGCGGCUUGCCAGAAUGGUGAGUCUCCACGCUGGAACCGGUGACGGCUCCAACAACUUUGCCGCUACUGCCGCCGCCAACAUUGCAGCUAGCGGGGGCGGGGUGCCCCGAAACAUGAGCCCCUCCGCAAGCCGCGCCACCACUCCAAGAUCGUCCGCCUUAGCUCGGAUUGGGACAGCGCCUAUCGAAGGCGGGGGGUCGCUCUCACUCUCGGCUGUCGGAGAGAACACCGUCAGCAGCAACGACGUCACUGCGACCCGCGAUGCCGCAGCGGCAGUGUCAGCAGCAGGCGUUAUUGAUCGGGGUGGAGCAUCCCAGAGCUUCACGGAGGGACGAGCCGUGAUAAACGUGAACGCUGACUUCAAGCGGUUUGUAGGAAGCCAUCUUUCCGAGCUCCUGACGACGCUCUCCGUUAACGCUGCCUUCGGCGGCGGAGUACGAGAGGGGGACCGGCGGGGCGGCGGCCGCGGCGGCGGCGGCGGCGACGGCGACGGCAGGGGUGAGGGCAGGGGCGGGACUGGCGGUGGUAAGGGCGGGCGAGGGGGUGGUGCGGCUGUGGCGAGAAUGGGGGCCGGGGGAACGGUCGACAGCAAACUCGAGGACAAGGGGGUUGGCCCAGUGGAGUCACCUUGUGUUAGCUCUCUGUACCGUAUCUACUCGGGGCCUUUGCUCGUUCCGAUGACGCUAAGGGGCCUGUUGAGGAUGGCCCGAGAUGCUGGUCUACAGGAACGGGUCGGUCUGACGUCAGAGGAUGUCAAAAGGAUAUUCAAGCAGGCGAAUGCUUUCCUGCAGAGCCGAGAUGGCCCCGCGACUCCGGACAUCGCCGGAUCGACACCGCCACGCGGUGCUGUCACCAAGGUCGCCGAUCCCGAUAAGAAAGAAGGCAAUCCUGUAGAAGCGCUGAGACUAUCGUCGUCCACCGCCUUGGGGGGCGGAGGCGUAGGGUUUCCUCUGCCGACGGUGGAUUCGGCUACGGUGUGUCUCGUGGGCGCCGCACCCUGCACGGUGGACCUCGACUUGCUCGACCAGGAGUUGAUGCCGGAUGAGUUCAAGGUGGUGAUCGCCGGACUGUUCGAGCUGGCGAGGGACCAGAACAGCCAAUCGCCUUGCGCUGCCGACGAUGAAGGCGUUGAGAACCAGCCCGUCCCGCCCGUGGAAUCGUUGUAUUCGGACGACCCUGCUUGGGGAGGGGGGACACGAGAAGGAGACGGGGAACAACCCCCCGCGAGUUAUUCGGGUGCCCAAAGAAAGGCCGAUAGUGCUGGUGGCGGUGAUGGUGGUGCUACCGCUGCCUCGGGAGUCUCGACCCAAGGAACACCGACGCCGGGUGCGAAAACAGCGGCACAUCCAGUCCAGAACGGUGAAAGUAAAGGCGAGGACUCGGCUAGUCUUGACGCGGGGGAAGGGUCCACAAACACGACAGCAGCAGCAGAGGCCGUAGAAGCGGCGCCCGAGUGGCUGGCAGAUCCUAAGGCGUUCGUGUCGCGGGUCAUCCAGUGGGCGGGAGAGGGGAGCGCCAAGCGCUCCAAGGCCGUGCGCGCCAAGCCUCCCACGAGAGAGAUGCCGAAGCUCUUAGCUAGCAGUCUUUUCUUGAAGCAGAUGCAGGUGACGAGAGGGCGAACGAAGACAGCAACAAACGGCGGGACGUUCUUAGACAGUUGA